AUGGAUGAAACUUAUCUGAAGAAUCUCGAAACGGCGGCUCACAUUAUCAUGGCCCCGCCGAAUUCCAUCACAAACCAGCAGCGCCAGGAAUCGGAGCAAAUUUUUACCAGCUUCAGAAAAACGAAAACCCCGUACGCGUUGUGUCAGACGAUCCUGGAAAAGUCGUCCGUUGAUUUAGUACUUUUUGAAGCGGCCGAUGUGCUGAAGAAAACGGUGGUGGGAGAGUGGAAAUUUAUUGCCGAACAGGACCGGGCCUCAUUACGUCAGUAUCUGCUAAACUACGUCAUCCAGCGGGAUGCGCCGGUAUUCAUACGGGACAAGCUGCUGCAGGUGGUGGCCAUCAUGAUCAAGCGCGCCAGCCUGGAGGACCACGGUGCGGAACGAGGUCAGAUAUUGGAAGAAACGAAGAAGAUGCUGACAUCGGGUGAGCUGAAGCAACAGAUUCUUAGCUGCAGCAUUAUGUUGGCCAUUUUGGAAGAAUACUGCAACAUCGUUCGGUCGGAUGAUACCGGUCUGAAUACGCUAGAGCACUUCAAAGCGAAGAAGCAGUUCGAAGAUUCGGAUCUGCUGAAAACGUUCUGCAUGACGCUGCAGGCAAUGGUAGCCAUCGUGAAUAGUUUCGAUACGUCCAACAGCAUGCAGAUGUAUCUUUUCAAGCAGCUGCUCACUGUGAUGGAAACUGUACUGACCUGGGGCUUUCUGCUGCCCAACCUGAGGAACGUGCGUGUGCGUCACUCGCUCUCCAAGAGCAUUAUUGACACAUCGGAAACGGUAACGAAGGCGCUGCACGCUCCGCCACUUCGUCUGCAGGCCCAAUGGAAGAGUGUAAUCUUUGAUCCGAAAGUGUUGGAAGUGUUCUUUCACACUUACUGGAAACUGCGCGAUAUAGACGAUUUGCAACCGAAGGCGCUCACGUGUAUCUUGCAGCUGUCCACCCUGCGAGGACCUAUCAUAACGGAAAACAUCGACGAAAGUAUGUCCUAUCUGGCAAACUACUUGACGCACUUUCUAUCGUUAAUGACCAACAUCGAAAUUAAAGACAAGGAAGCGUACAGUUUUUCGCUGAUUCUUCGCAAACUGUUCCAGUUUUUGCCCACGGACAUGCUGAAGAUGCUGCCCAAUUCCCUUUUGGAUGCGUCCAUGCAGCAGUGCUUCACGCUGACGAUGAAAUUUUUCGAACAGUCCGCAGCGGAAGAAUCGGUAGCACCAGACGAAGCCCUCUACGUUGAUGCGCUGAGCAACAUGCUCGGCAUAUGGCUGUCGUUUUUCGACGACAAACGAAACUACCCGUUUGACCCGAUACUUCCCUACAUAAUGCAAAUGUUCGAGAAGUACGUCCAGUGCCAUUUGGCUCCACCGCAGGGCAUACGCGGGGCAACGGGCCGAGACGGAGAAGGAGGUGAGAAUGAAAUUACCGAUCUGGAGGAAUCAGAUCGGGAGCGAUUUAAAGAGCAGCUGGCCGUUAUGGGAUUCUUCGGACGACAAAUUCUGCAACACUCCCUCGGUCUGUUGGCAAAGCUUUUGGAAGAUCGUACGCGAAAGCUCGGCACCCAUCUGCAUAUGCUGCACGCCUCGCAAUCGCUUUCCAUCUCCGAUGGGGUGAAUUUGGAGAAUCUGUUCGAAGAUCUGCACUGGCUGCUGUUGAUAAGCGGGCACGUGAUUGCGAUGGAAUCGGUCGGUGAAACGCCUAUGAUACCGGAGCCCAUUUUAACAUUCAGCAAGCAACAGGUUGAGUCGGGUGCAACGGAUGUAUCGAACAGCUUGAAACUGUUAGCCUCACCGAACCAAGACAUUCAGGAAAUACCGAAUGCCGAAUCGAACGUGGAUCCCGUCAUCCGGCUGAUGGCGGCCGGAUUUCGGUUGUGCGAGCUGGAAAAGACCGCCAUAGAGGUGCGCAUGUAUCAGUUCCUAAGUCCCGAGCUGAGUGCCACUACGAUGUGGUUUUUACGGCACUGGUGCAGUACCUACGUUAUGUCCGCCUACGAACCGUCCGCAAAUCAUAUCUUCUCGAACGCGUUCGGCGUCGGUACGGCCGGUGCACUUUGGGUGAUUAACUAUCUGCUGAAUAAGAUCUGCCUCAACGCUCAAAACCUUCGAGCGGAACCGGCGGUAAUGGAGGAAACGAUCGAGCUGCUGCUCGCGUUGCAACGGAACCGCUACCGUGCACAGACCAUAUUCAACUCGGAAUACUUCCGAUCGAUAUGCGACUUGAAGAGCUUUGAGCUUCCUAUGGCGGUUAAGCGCAAGCUUCUUCGUGGCUUCGUUACGAUCGGGGGCAGUAUAGAGGGAGAGGAAAUACGCAGCGAGUACAUUAUGCGCAUUGUGCAGGGAACGAAGGAGAAAUUCAACUUAUUGCAGACUACGCUGCAACAGCACGCACAUCUGCACCAGAGCGAACAGUUUAAGCAGAAGGUGAUCGAGGUUCUCGAGGAAACGAUCGGUUGCGUGGAGGGUGCGUUUGACAAUCUGAUCCUGAUACUGUUCAACGAAAUUGAACCCAUUUGUAAGCAGCUCAGCACGUUCAUGUCUGUGUACAGGAAUGAUACGGUAAUUUUGGAACUUGUACUGGAGCUGUUGAACGAACUAGAACGAUCGGCUGAGGUGAAGGAAGUACGGGCUGCGCUGCAUCAGUACAGCAUGGACGUGAUCGGUGUGUACGUUAAGAACAACAGUAAUCGUAUUUCGCUCGAUCCCACCAACAAAGAACGAGAUCCGCAGGAUUUGAUCCUUAUUUUGAAGCUUAUUCACGGGAUCAGUGCCAGCCGGGUGGCAAAUGAUGAAGAAACGCUACAACAAUCAUCGGACGUUUGUAUCUUCGGGUUGACGAACAUUGUACCGCUGAUAACGACCGAUUUGAUCCGAUAUCCAGAACUAUGCUAUCAGUACUACAUUACUAUUACGUCUUUUGUCGAUUCGAAGCCUCAUGUGGUACCAGCGUUACAUCCCGACUUCCUUAAGCAGCUUGUCGCCUCAGUCGAGCUUGGGCUAACCUCGUUCACGUCCGAGGUGGAGCUGAAGUGUGUCGAGUUUAUCGAGUCGUUUGCCCAGGUCGUCAGGCUGCAUAAUAAUAAUGAAUCGCUCGUCUCGCAGCUAUUGCAAUCCUUCCUAAAGCUGAUGCUGGACAUGACGAUCGGUCAGAAGAUCGACUGGAAUAACACGAGUGACUGGUACAAAGCAAUGUACACCGUGAUCUGUUGCUUUCCACAAACGUUUAAGGAUAUGAUACAAAGUUUCCUGCAGGAGCACGUGGACAGCAGCACCGACAAGGCGAAGGAGAUGAUCGGCGAGAGCUUGGUACGCUUGAAUCAGAUAGAGUUUAUAAACCUGCGCUUGAUGAAGGUACGGUUUGUCGACUGGUACGAUCGGUUCGUUUCGCUGGUAAGUCUUAUGUAUAAGAAGUAG